AUGUCCACUGUUUCCGCUGCCUCUAAAAAACCAGCCUCUAAGGCACCAGCCAAGAAGACCGCCUCUACUUCUGAACCAACUAAAAAGAGAAAUAAGGCUAGAAAGGAAACAUACUCUUCAUAUAUCUACAAGGUUUUGAAACAAACACAUCCAGACACUGGUAUUUCCCAAAAGUCUAUGAGUAUUUUAAACUCUUUUGUUAACGAUAUUUUUGAAAGAAUUGCUACUGAAGCUUCCAAAUUGGCCGCUUAUAACAAGAAAUCUACUAUAUCUGCUAGAGAAAUCCAAACUGCCGUAAGAUUAAUUUUACCUGGUGAAUUAGCUAAACAUGCUGUUUCUGAAGGUACUAGAUCCGUUACAAAAUAUUCUUCUUCUACUCAAUCUUAG